AUACCGCGAAUAAAGUAUAUAUGUUUUUCUUCUCAGGACUGUCGGACUUUGCACCGUAUUUCCAUGACAAUGGGAACAUGGCGUUGUUUAGCAUCUCUGAAGACACACCAGUGGGAUCUCAGGUGUUCAUUCUGAAUGGGACAGACCCGGAGGGAGACGAGGUCUGGUACGAUAUUAGCUUUGAGAACGGCUCUAAAGAGUACUUCCGGGUCGAGCCCAAAUCAGGACGAGUCACUCUGAUCCAGGAACUGGACCGAGAGGUUGAAAAUGAAAUUGUGGUGUUGGUCAGCAUCACUGAUGGCAGGAAUAAGGUGGUAGAGAAAGUGCGUGUGUUUGUCUCAGAUGCUAACGAUGAAAAGCCUGAGUUUCUCAGCCUGCCCUACAUCGUCAACGUCCCAGAGGACACGGAGGCAGGACGCAGCAUUUUUAAAGUUCGAGCUGUGGAUAAAGACCUCGGCUCUGGAGGAAGCGUCACGUAUUUCCUGCAGACGUCUCCCAAAACCAAGUUCACUGUCGAUGGUCACAGUGGCGUGCUGCGUAUCAAAGCGGGCGAGGCUCUCGACUACGAGACCUCCAGCACACACUUCAUCACCGUGGUGGCCAAGGAUGGUGGAGGUAAAUAUAACGGAAAACACCAGGUGAUGACAUCAUCAGCCACCGUCACCAUCAACGUUCUCGAUGCCCAGGACUCGCCUCCUAAUUUUGUUGGAACGCCGUAUUUCGGAUACGUUUACGAAGUAUCUGAGCCUGGCUCGGAAAUAUUCACAGUGUCGGCCAAAGACGGGGAUCAGAUCAACCCUAACCCUAUUCAUUACUCUAUCAUUAAUGGAAGUGACGGCUCCUUCAGCAUCAACAGCUCCAGCGGUUCUAUCAUUCUGAUGUCAUAUCCUGUCCAGCUGAAAAACGAGUUAUACGAGCUGAAAGUUAAGGCGUCGGAGGUGGGGCCUGAGGACGAGCUGCUGGACUCGGCCGUGACGGUGGUGACCGUCCGCGUGGUGGAUCUGAACAACCAUCCGCCCACAUUUUACGGCGAGGCCGGCAAACAGGACACAUUUGAGCUGACCAUGUUGGAACAUCCUCCUGAGGGAGAAAUCCUGAAAGGGCUAAAGAUCACCGUCAACGAUUCUGACCAGGGAGCAAACGCUAAGUUCAGACUCAGACUGGUCGGACCUGGGCGAGUUCUCCGAGUCGUCCCUCAAACUGUCCUCAACGAAGCCCAAGUCACCAUCAUUGUAGAGAACUCCAGCGCCAUUGACUACGAAAAGCACUCGUUUUUAACCUUCAAGUUGCUAGCGGUGGAGAUCGACACGCCGGAGCGCUUCAGUGCCACAGCAGACAUCGUGAUCCAUCUCGUGGACGUAAACGACAACACGCCCAGGUUUUCCUCAGAGUUCUACAUCGCCAGGAUCCCGGAGAACUCCCCCGGAGGCUCCACCGUCGUGUCUGUCACUGCGUCAGAUCCUGACUCUGGGCCUUGGGGAGAAGUGAAAUACUCCAUCUACGGCUCAGGAGCUGAUCUGUUCCUCAUCCACCCCAGCUCGGGGAUCAUCUACACUCAGCCGUGGGCGUCUCUGGACACGGAGGUGAAGUCGAAGUAUAAUUUCUACGUGAAGGCAGAAGACAGCGAGGGGAAGUACAGCCUGGCUGAGGUCUUCGUCACGAUUCAAGAUCAGAACGAUCAUUCUCCAGAGUUUAACGAGAACUUCCUGGAGAAGACCAUGAUCCUCGGUGCUCCUGUGAAGAUAGAGGCGGUGGAUGACGAUGCCGAGGAACCCAACAAUGUCAUCGAGUACUCCAUCGCCAAGGCCGAGCCGGAGAACGUUUUCGACAUCAACGCCAGCACGGGUGAGAUCAAGCUAAAGCCGUUCAUCAAGUCCAUGGAGAUGGUGCGGAACAUCACCAGACAGCAUGACCGUAAGUGGUCAGUGGUGGUCCAGGCGCGAGAUCGAGGUUCUCCUUCAUUCAUGACCACCGCCGUCGUCCAGCUCGACAUCACCGAAGCAAAUCAGUUCUCGGGCCCGGUGACUGCGUUUCUAAUGCAGAGCAGAGACAAUCCAGCGAAGGCUUUGGGCGUGGCAGCUGGGGUCAUUAGCGUGAUGGUGAUGGCCACCGUAGUGAUCUCCACGGCAAUGUACCUGCGCACAACGAAGUCCAACAGGAUCGGGCCGUCACGCCGUGUCAUCCGCCGCAGGCGUGGAGAACCCCAGCAGUGGAACUUCACGUUCGGAAACUCGCAGAGUCCAGAUAAGUUCCUCGCUGGCCACGAUGUGGAGAGCAACAAGAAUAGCGACAGAUCGUGGUCCAAACCUCCACCACCGCGCGCACCGGUUCUGCCUCCACCUCCACCAAAUAACAACCCCAGGAUGAGCAAGCAUCAUGGCGCCGUGCCUACCGUCUCAGGAUCCUUAAGCUCUCAGAGCUCGAGCGAGAGAUCCGUCAGUAGCAGAGAUGCAGAAGAUCAGCCGACUAAGAAGAGAGAGGGAAACAUCAGCUCAGCGCUGGUCUCAGAGCUGAAGAAGAGGCUGGAGCAGAAGAUCAUCGAGGCUAAUCAAGGCUACUACUGCUGAAACCACUGGCUUAGCAAACAUUCUAGCGUAGAUCCUUACUACCGAAGCCACCAGAUUAGCAUAGAUCACUGCGAUCUCAGAAAAAAUUGGAAGCAGGAGAUUAUAACCAAGCAACGUAUCUGGACGGUGGCAUCUGGUCCGGUUCUGCCUCUGCUUUUUAUAAAUGAUGCAUAAUGAAAUAUUUAUACGCUACUACUACUACUACUGAUGAUGAUAAUAAUAAUAAUAAUAAUAAUAAUAAUAAUAAUAAUAAUAAUAAGGUGAACGUGAGGUGUGUGUAAAUAGUGCUGAGGCGUAAGGUUCAGGCUUUGGGAUGUCAGUAGUUAUAUCUACAGGAAAAACGCGUCUAGAAGAAAAUAUCAUUUUACGGUAGUUUUAUCAUGCAGUCUGUGCGCUUUGGAGUUUAUUUACACUGUUUGAGACGAGCUCUGACUCUCACGCUCUGCCGCGCUACUCUGAAGACUAACAUCGUCCGCAAAGAAUAGAGAAAAAGUGUAGAGAGAAAAGAAGAAAUCAGAAUUGUACACACUUUUCCGUUGCUUCGUCUGCUCUUUGGUGUGAACCUUGUUUAAGCUCGCCUGUAAAACUGCUGCAGUAUUUAUCUAAACCGUAAAGACAUGUUUGGUGUCUGAACGCCGCCACCCUCAAACCACCCCCCCCCCCAAGUCCCCCCCCCACAUUCCCACAGCAAGUGUUGCUCGUAGUUUAUCUGUUAUGGGCGUGGCCUGUCCAGCGUCUUUAGUUCCAAUGACAUACUGUAGUAACCACAUGAUAAAGCCGACUAUUUAAAUACAAUUUUAACACCAUGUUUAUACGUUUAUCUUCCGUUUGUGCGUCAGAAUAAAAGUUAGGAACUUCAGAAGUCCCUACCGAAGAGACGUCUCGACGCACAAGCCUUCGGAUUGGUCCGAGUUAACCAUUCGAGCUAAUCGUUCGGAUCUGUUGCUUUACAGUGUUGAGCGUGUGCGUACAGUAGAGAGCGAACGAUCGUCUGUUGCUUUGUCACUUGCUAGCGUGACUGUAGGGUUAGUGCUACACUGGAGCUAGCACUGAGGCUAAUGUAGCUAAUUAUAGUUCGUGUAAAAUUUCCUGCCUUAAACCACACCCGUUAAAUCCCGUUCCGAAUCACUUAACUCCACGGCACUGUUUGGUAGUAUGACUCCGCCCCAUAAGCCCCGCCCCCUCAGGUUUGAAAGCAGAAUCGUAGCAGAGGUCUAACUAUGUCAAUGCUGUAUGAAAAACUUUAAAAACAAAAUUAGAAAGACUAACAAUGUCAUUUGAAGAACGUUUAAGAGAAUUGACGUGUUUAUGGACAUCAUCAGACACCAGACACGUCUCGGCCGACUUUAUUUUUCUUUCUUUAUUCGCUAGUUUGCUCAUCUGAGUGGGAUUUUGUACUGUCACUUGCAUGGCUGAAUCUUGUCGACUGACUUUCCACUUCUUUGGAGUCGGUUCUUGUAACGAUAUUAAAUAUAAAAAAAAUAAUAAAAAGAAAGAAAUGA